GUUAUUAUUAUCGAAUAUGCGUUUACUAGUCGCUAUACUAGUCGCUUUUUGUACAGCUAUAGAGGCUGCCGACUCGGACUCAGCGAGGGCUGGCUUGAGAGUGAUGGUUGAGUGGGCUGACAGUGACAAGGAGCUCACGGUGGAGGAGGUUGCUGUCACGUUGUACACUAUGCGUCACCUACGUCGUGCUCUAUCGUCUCAAGGAGAGGCAGUGAGCCCUUUGUUCUGGGCCUGGUUGGGAGACUUUGAAGCUCAGACAGAAGCUAUUAUGGCAGCUAAGAAUGACUUGUUCACAUUGAAUGUAUUGACGAAUCAAUUUCGCAGCGAUAUGAAGAUCUUUCUGGCCGAGUUCGGAAGUACUCCCCUUGGGCCACUCUCGAAGGUUUCUUCUGACGAUGGGUGGACGGAUGAUUCGGAUGAAUUACGGUCUAUCGCAUGCUAUGUGGAUGCCCCUGGUGUGGAUGUAACCAACUGUGGCGGUGGAAUUGUAUUCGAUCGAGUUGAGGAUGCUAUCAACCAUCGAAAUGAGCUCAGUGGUGUUGAUAUUGGAGUUGUUGUUAAGACUAGUAGAGAACUGGAUAGGGUGAAAUCGAGUGGUAUAUCUCCUAAGUGGGUUUUGGCUUCUUCGAAGCGGCUCGCUCAAGCAGCUGAAAGUUCUUUCAAAGGAGCACUCGUUUCUCGAGGCGGAGUGUUGAAGGGCGUCGUAGCGAACUUUGGUGUAUCGGGCUUUGUCCUGGCGAGUAGGGUAGAUACUAGAUUGUAUGGAUUGAAGAGGUUGGGGGAGUGCGGACGAGAGAAAGGGUACACCGUGCUCCGUGAUCCGACAGACAGUCCCACAUCAGCGACGGCCCCCUCCAUCAGUUGUGAGAUACCCUCUUUGGAAACUGAAACUAUCGAGAAAUUCCCACAUAUUCACCCGGACUACAUCGUUCGUGCAGAGCUGAAGCUAGCCUCGGGUCAACUGCCGGGGAUUGCCUCUGAACACCUGUCGAGGAAAGCUGUGACGAGGCUUCAUGAGGAGCUGUUGGAAAACGAUUAUGCGGUGUAUUUACCCGAUGCUUUUACGAAGGAGACUUUCGAAGAGAUCCUCGCGGAAGUGGAACGAUUAUGGAGAAUUGGGGAAAAUAAAACGUCGGGGAUGGAAGCCAACUGCAAUCUUGACGGCAACGACAGAAUGGGCGGUGGAAGAGUUCAUGAUCAGGUGACCAGGCCCGGAAGCGCACUAUGGGGCGCUGACUUCCCAAUGGAACUAAGGGAAUAUGGGAGAAAAAGCAAAGGUAUGCCUUGCCACGCUGAUCUACAGAUGUACAAGUCGAUGGAGACGGACUGGGAAGUUGUCGUAACGGUUUCUAACUCGGCUGAGUCCAGAUGUGAAUUUACGUGGACGAAUAAGAACGGCGAGAAGCGUGUUGUGCGUACUACUGCGAAUUCAGUUACGCUUGUACGACCCAAUUCUGCAGUACAUUGUGUGACAUCAACGGCUGGCGGUCGCAGGGAAAUGUUGAAGAUGAUUUUCACGGGCGAUUAUAGAAAGGAUGGCAAUUUUUGG